AUCUCCUGAAAAACCUAUUUCUUCUUUUGACCCUUCUCUCACUGCUCAGUUUGUUACCUCUUUCUCUCUCUAAAAAAUAUUUCUCACUCCUAAAAAUUCUGGUUUCUGGUUACCCUCUCAGUCUCUCUUCUCUUCUUCUCCCCCCUCCUCUCUUCUUUUUUUUUUUUUCUUUUAUUUUUUUCUUAAUUUUUUUUCUCUCUCACAAAACAAAACCCUACCCACACUCCCACUCUCUUCAGCCUCUGUUCCCUGAAAAUUUGCGUCUGUUUACCAUUCUGCCCCCUUUUUCCGCGUCGCAAUAUUUGGUUUUUUCGGUUAUUGAGAGCAUUUCGAUGGUUUCGCGGAUCUGCAAGUUUGGUUCUGUCAGCAAAAAUUGAAAGAGAGAUUCGGUUUCAGUUUCUCUCUGUUUUUUCUUCUGUUUUCGUUUCUUUGUUUGUGAAAACUGUGUUGUUGUUGUGAAAGGGAUUGGGAUAUAUGUCCUUCAAUCAAUCGAAGUCGGAGAAUAACGAUGCGGUUUAUGGAAAACCCGGGCGAUCCUCCAGCUUCAAUCAGCAGAGGGGCUCCUACGGCAGGGGUGGCGGGACCGCGCCGACGAGCAAUUCACUCUCCUCUAGCCGGAGUUUCAACAAGAAGUCUAAUAAUGCACAAGGUGGGCAAUCUAGGGUAAACCCCCCUGGGCAUUCAACAGAGUUCAAUAGUGCAUCUACUGCCCGAACCAUUAACAAUGGUACCCAUGUACAGCCACAAUUACAUGGAGCAUCAGAUGGGCCAGGUACAAAGUCAUCUGAAUCAUCAGCUGCACAUACGAGUGCUGGAAUUCUUCCAAAAGCUCCAACUUCUCUACAGCCCCCCUUGAUUUCUGAUCCAGUCCCUCCCUCAAGCCCUGCCAAGGGAGAUGCGUCUAAGGCAUUCCCUUUUCAAUUUGGAUCCAUUGCUCCUGGCUUUGUUAAUGGGAUGGCAAUUCCUGCUCGUACAAGUUCAGCCCCUCCUAAUAUAGAUGAGCAGAAGCGUGAUCAGGCUCUUCACGACUCUUACAAAUCUGUGCCUUCGGUGCCAAUUCCUCUUGUUCCAAAGCAGCAACAACCACCUAGGAAGGAUGCUGGUGUCACUGAGCAAUCUAAUGCUGGGGACAGCCGGGAGACUCAUAAUGGGGGUACUAAGGCAAAAAAGGAUCCUCAGGUAUCAGCUUUGACACCGGCAAGCCAUAUGCCAAAGCCCUCUGUUCCUGUAACUGGGAUUCCAAUGCCAACUCCAUAUCACCAGUCACAGGCUCCUUUACAGUUUGGCAGUGCUAAUCCACAGAUUCAAUCUCACGGUAUGUCAACAGCAUCCCUCCAGAUGCCUAUACCAAUGCCUUUACCAAUUGGCAAUGCUACACAGGUGCAACGACCAGUUUUUGUUCCAGGUCUUCAACCACAUCCAAUGCAUCCUCGGGGAAUCAUGCAUCAAGGCCAAAACAUGAGUUUUGCUCCUCAAAUGGGUCAUCAGUUGCCCCAUCAAUUAGGCAGCAUGGGCAUUGGCAUCGGUCCUCAAUAUCCCCAGCAGCAAGGUGGAAAAUUUGCUGCUCCUCGAAAAACUACUGUAAAGAUAACUCAUCCUGAGACACAUGAAGAGCUGAGGCUUGAUAAAAGGACAGAUGCAUGUUCAGAUGGUGGGUCAUCUGGUGCUAGGUCACAUCCUAACAUACCUUCUCUAUCACCUGUUAAAUCUUUUCCAGCUUCUCAUCCUGUGAACUAUUAUUCUUCCAGCUCAUAUAAUACCAAUUCUCCCUAUUAUCCAUCUAGUUCUAUUCCAUUAACAAGUAGCCCGAUCUCUCCUAAUUCUCAGCCACCGAUAUUUAAUUAUCCUGUGAACCAUGGUCCACAAGGUGCAAAUUUCAUGAAUUCGUCAUCACUUGGUUCCCCACCUAUUAGUAAAGCUAGCACUCCAACAGGGGUUGCAUCUCUGGCCAUUAAGCCAAGUGGUACGUCUGCUAAUGUGGACUCAUCAUUGUCCAAUUCCAGUAUUUCUGAUGUUCAAAAUACAGAAUCCCCUAGUUCAACAGCAUCUUGUGAUGCUAGCUCCUCUGUGCUGCAAAAAGGGUCUGAAACUUGUUCAGAAAUCUCCUUACCACAGUACAAGUUGUCUAGUGAUUCUGUCCCAGUUGUGGAUAAUAAUGAAGGCGGGAGGGAAUCUCUUAGUAGGUCCAACUCUUUGAAGGAUAAGAAACCAGGGAAGAAAGGUCAAUUAUCACACCAUCAGGUUUCUGUACAAUCUCCCACAGCGGAUAAUGUGCCUUUUUGUGCUGUUGACCAUGGAAUAUAUGAUACCGGAGUUUCCAAACCUGUAGGAACUAAAACAAACCAUUCUGCAGAACUUACCACUGAAGAUCUUCCAACAUCUAAUACAAUACCUAGUAGCACUUCUACUGCUGUUGAAGUGAAAACCAAUGGGUCUGCAGAAGUUGUUGCUUGUGUUUCAGCUGAAGGAUCUUGUGCACAAACUGUUGACAGAGUGCACAAUAAUAAUCCUGAUAAGAUAGAUAAAUUAUUUGAAGGAAAAUUUGGCAUAUCAGAUCUGCAGUCUGCUGAUCUUCCAGAAACAACAUCAAAGCAUGUCAAGGAUGGGUCAGAGAAUACUGGCGAUGAGUCAAGUACCAAGGAUAGACCAAUUAUAGAACCAAAUAAAGCGAAAACUACAUCUAAAGGGAAGAAGAAAAGAAGAGAGAUACUUCAGAAAGCAGAUGCUGCUGGGUCAACGUCUGAUCUUUAUAAUGCAUACAAGGGACCUGAGGAAAAGAAAGAAGCUGUCUUAAGUUCUGAGAGCACAGAAAGUGCUACCACCACCACUUUGAAGCAGUUGCCAAAAGAUGCUGCUCAGUCAGAUGCUUUAGCAAGUGAAAAAUGUAGUCACAGUAAAGCUGAACUCGAUGACUGGGAGGAUGCUGCUGACAUGUCUACCCCCAAACUGGAGGUUCAUGAUAAAUCUCAACAAGUUGGUGAUGGAAGUGGAAGUACAGCCAAAAAGUAUUCACGUGAUUUCCUUCUGAAAUUUGCAGAUCAGUGCACUGAUCUUCCUGAAGGUUUUAAAGUCACCGCAGACAUUGAAGCUUUGAUGAGUGGCAAUAUUGGUAGUUCUCAUGUUUUUGAGCGUGAUUCACAUCCUAGUCCUGGAAGAAUUGUAGAUAGACCCGGUGGGAUGUCUCGGAUGGAUCGCCGUGGGGAUGUGGUAAUGGAGGAUGACAGAUGGAGUAGAGUUUCUGGUGCUUUUCGUUCUGGACGUGGUUUGGAUGGCAUUGGAGGUAAUGUGGGAUUUCGAUCUGGCCAAGGAGGGAAUUUUGGUGUCUUAAGGAACUCUCGUGCACAGACACCACCACAAUAUGUUGGAGGGAUCCUUUCUGGGCCAAUGCAAUCGGUGGGAAAUCAUGGUGGAAGAAAUAACCCUGAUGGGGAGAGGUGGCAGCGUUCUGCUAGCUUCCAGCAGAGGGGUUUAAUUCCUUCUCCUACCCAAACUCCUUUACAGAUGAUGCACAAAGCUGAGAAUAAGUAUGAAGUGGGUAAAGCAUCAGAUGUGGAAGAGGUAAAGCAGAGGCAGUUGAAGGCUAUCUUGAACAAACUAACUCCGCAGAAUUUUGAUAGACUUUUUGAACAGGUGAAAGCAGUUAAUAUUGACAAUGCAGUCACCCUCACUGGUGUCAUCUCACAAAUCUUUGAGAAGGCUCUGAUGGAACCUACCUUUUGUGAAAUGUAUGCCAACUUCUGUUUGCAUCUGGCUUCUGAGUUGCCUGAUUUUAGUGAGGACAAUGAAAAGAUAACUUUUAAAAGGUUAUUAUUAAACAAGUGCCAGGAGGAAUUUGAGAGGGGUGAAAGAGAAGAAGAAGCAGCAAAUAAGGCUGACGAGGGUGAGGUUAAGCAGUCUGCUGAGGAAAGGGAAGAAAGAAGAGUUAAGGCAAGAAGACGCAUGUUGGGAAACAUCAGAUUGAUUGGAGAACUAUAUAAGAAGAAAAUGUUGACGGAGAGGAUAAUGCAUGAGUGUAUCAAGAAGUUACUGGGUCAGUAUCAGGAUCCAUAUGAAGAAGACAUUGAAGCUUUGUGCAAGCUAAUGAGUACUAUUGGGGAGAUGAUUGAUCAUCCAAAAGCCAAGGAACAUAUGGAUGCAUAUUUUGAAAGGAUGAAAUUAUUAUCAAACAACAUGAAUUUAUCUUCUAGGGUGAGGUUCAUGUUGAAAGAUUCCAUUGAUUUGAGAAAGAAUAAAUGGCAACAAAGGAGGAAAGUAGAAGGUCCAAAGAAGAUUGAGGAGGUACACAGGGAUGCCGCUCAGGAGAGGCAGGCCCAAGCUGGUAGGUCAGGUCGUGGUCUUGGCAACAAUCAAUCAGCUAGACGGAAUCCCAUGGAUUUUGGUCCACGAGGAUCUUCUAUGCUGUCUUCUCCCAAUUCUCAAAUGGGUGGACUGCGUGGUCUUCCUACUCAAGUUCGUGGGUAUGGUGCUUUUCAGGAUGCUCGAUUUGAGGAACGACAAUCUUAUGAGGCUAGGACCUUGGCAGUUCCAUUGCCUCAAAGACCCUCAGGAGAUGAUUCUAUAAACUUGGGGCCCCAAGGUGGUCUUGCUAGGGGAAUGUCUACGAGAGGAUCAACAGCAAUUUCCAAUUUACCAAUAUCUGAUGUGCUUCCUGUCCAUGGAGACUCUCAUAGAAUGAAUACAGGUCUUAAUGGUCACAGCAAUUUAUCAGAGCGCACACCAUAUAGCUCAAGGGAGGAUCAUGUUUCAAGAUAUGGUACUGAUAGGUCUUCAGGGCCAUCUGCUUAUGAUCAAUCAAGUGCUCCAGAGCAUAAUGUAAACCAUGGCAACAGAGGCUUGAGGAGUGAAGAUCGGAAUCUUGAACCUCUUGCUCAUUUGCAAGGGUCAAUAGUCUCUCAGAAUGCUUCUUCAGAGAAGAUUUGGCCAGAAGAACGACUGAGGGACAUGUCCUUGUCAGCAAUAAGGGAAUACUACAGUGCUAGAGAUGAGAACGAACUUGCUUUAUGUGUCAAAGAUUUGAACUCUCCGAGCUUCCAUCCUUCCAUGGUUUCUCUAUGGGUCACGGAUUCAUUUGAGAGAAAGGACGCAGAAAGAGAUCUUUUGGCCAAACUACUUGUCAACCUUGUGAAAUCUCAGCAUGGCACUUUGAAUCAAGACCAGCUCAUCAAAGGGUUUGAAUCUGUUCUCAGUACAUUGGAGGAUGCUGUUAAUGAUGCCCCCAGAGCAGCAGAGUUUCUUGGCCGAAUUUUUGCGAUAGCCAUAACAGAGAGUGUAGUUACUUUGAAGGACAUUGGGCAGUUAAUACAUGAUGGUGGAGAGGAGCCAGGUAGUCUCUUAGAAGUUGGACUUGCAGCUGAUGUUCUGGGAAGCACGUUGGAGGUAAUUCAAAGCGAGAAGGGGGAUGCGGUUCUAAACAAGAUCUGUUCAGGCUCUAACUUGAGGUUGGAAACUUUCCGGCCACCUAAUGCUAAAACAUCAAGGAAGUUGGAAAAAUUUAUUUAGAUGGUAGUGACGCUCAUUGUAUUUUUUAUUUUUUUUUGUAGAGGGUAAAAAUUAGUUGGCUCGUGCUUUUUUGGGGGUAGUACUCAAUUUUGCAGAGAAUGGUUUUCUCUGUGAGAUGGGUCGGUAGAGUUUUAUCUAUGGGAUUUUCUUUGUUUUAAAUUAUUUUUCGGACAUCAGAAAUUUUAGGCGUUUUUGCUAUGCCUGCUUGAUGACCUUUACAUAUUUCUUUGUAGAUAUAAAAGGUUCAAUGAGCGUCAAGAAUAUUAUUUUCA